GUUUCCACAUAAGUAAAUAAAUUGAAAGUAAAAAAACACGUCAUUAAAUUAAAUUACACAGAGUCCGAUACUACAGUACCAACAUUUACAUUCACGACCCCACUGAGCGCUUAAAUGAUACUUAUCGAACUUCUCAAUACAAAUAUCAAGUUUGUACUCAUUGUAGAAAAGCGACACAGACCAAUUUAGCACAGAAAUUUUGAGCGACAAUCUUUCAAACAAAUUUUCAAAUUUAAAUUCUUCAAAAUUCUGAAAUAAAAAUGUCAUAUUCGCCUUUUCAAUCAACUGAAGCUGGCAAUUGGACGGAUUUACCGCUGCAUUGUGUACUCUAUGAAUGGUUAACGAAAAACAUGAAUUUGCCUAACGAUUACGGUACAAUCAUUGCCUACAUAGGGUUAUUCCUUAUUGCUUGGUAUACAAUAAUAUGGGCUAUGCGCCUGGUAAUAGCUGUCAUUUGGCCAUUGUUCAUUAUAGCUUCUGCUAUUGUUGUAUUUCGAAUACUUCAGUUUUAUGAUCCUGAAGAAAUCACGACGAUAAUGAUGAAAUCAUUUAGUAUCAUUGCAGACACUUUGGUAAUGGUGUUCGCCAAGCUUCUUGAAUUCGUUUUCGACAUUUUCGCUUGAACAUAAUCCACUCAAAAGCGUUUCGACAGAAUAAAUAAUAAAGCAAAAUAUCCAAAAAUUUAGCAAGAUCAAAGUUGCUAUGAGAGUAAAUUAUUAAAAAUAAUGAAAGAAAAAGUCAGAAAAUCUAAAAAAAAAACAAAACACAUUUU